AAGGAAGUAGAUAGUCUAUCUUGCGCCAGAACGGUAGCCCCUAACCCUAGUCCAAAAUUUCGUCUUUGACGGCAUGGCAGCCCCGCAAGACGAUAUUCAGCAACAAUUUCUUGAAGGAUUCAAACAGAAGUGUGCAAAAGGGAUAUAUCUAACCCGGAAGUUCCAAUCCCUCUGCAAUCUAAACGAGUGGGUCGACACGGAAUAUUCCGAUCGCAAUACAGAAUUUUCAGAUCUCAAGAUAUCGACUACCUUGUGCUGCUCCAAUCGCGAAAUUGACAAGGAGGUUUAUAGAUCAAUUGGGAGAAAUGUAGUGGUUCUCUUUAAGGAUCGACUCAAGAUUCUUGCAGAAAUUAAUAAGAAAUUUCAACCUGUGUUGGAAGGCACUCCUCCGGAAGUAAUAGAUGCUCAACUUCGAAAGUUUGAACAUGAUGCGUUGGAGAUUGUUAAUCAGGCACGGGACAAGGCUGAUAAAAUCAUAGGAGGACUUCGAAAAGAGGCUGAACAAAUCCUACAACGCGAAAAGGCCCUUUUGCUUUUGUUGCUCCAUCGGGAGGACUAUUAUGAAACGAUUGAUUGUUUUUUGCAUGAUGUAAGAGCCUAUCGUGCAAGAGAAAUGAAAAAAAUACGCAAAAACCAAAAUCUUCAACGUUCAUUGGCUUUAAAGUUGCAAUAUAUUGCACAAGGGUUGUCCCGCGAAAUGGUAAAUACGUAUUUCGGUGUAUGGAGUCGAUUAUCUAGCUUGGAGGAUGCAUUUGAUUCGUUAUUCGCUGCAACAUCAAGAAAUAUUCGAACGCUACAAGAUACUACUCGAAAACUUUUGCUAGUUCAAUUGGCAGAAAACGAUUAUGAGCUUCUUACCUUAAUCGUUGAAGCCGAACUUGAUCUCCGUGGCAAUGCAGAGAAUUUCCGUGAAGAUCGUGAAAACGAAGUGUAUAGUUUAGCAAAUUUUCUCAAAAAUCAUCCCGAAAGUGACAAGGCUAUCAAUACUUUGAGUAGCUAUUUUCUGAAAAAGAUGGUGUCUGCUGAUAAAGAAAAAAGAAAGGUCAAUACAUUUCAACAAAUUGUAAGAGAACAAAAUAAUAAUUGUCCAGGAAUGGACAAAGCUGAAAAAUAUGUUCUUCUUUUAACAAAGGAGCAUUGUGCGAAGGUGGAUGCAGUUCUACGUCAAAUAGCGUUGUUCGAAUAUGUCCUUCUAGGAGACUAUCUUGUGUGGAAGAAGUGGAAGGACACAAAGUCAAGUUUAAAAUUGCCGAUUGAAUCACAUGUAGAGUUGGAGCUAGAAGGGGAACUAGAUCUCCAUUGAUCAAAGAUUUUCAGUUGCAAGAUUAUUGGACUUUUGCCGCAGUGGCUGUUCGAGGGUUGUGAUUGUGCUCAUAUGAAAUGCAUGUUGUAAUAUCAUUAGGCUACAUAGUAAUGCACAACAUAAUGAGCCGUUCUAGGUGCACAUUGUCUUGCCAUAGCAUAACUUAUUUAAGUAUGCAAGAUUGGAAUUGUUGGAAACUUGUGUUCGACCUUUUUUUUCGGGAAACACUGUUUUUAUAUGAACCUAGAUGCUGUUAAUUUAUAAAAAUUGCAAUCUUGAAUAGCAAUUAGGAUGCAGGUGCAGUGAGAAACUUGGGUCUUUUUGUA